AUGUCCUCCUCCUCCUCCUCCUCGCCCUCACCCGCCGAAGGGGCAACUGCAACCCCCCACCGCAUCCACAUAACCCCCUCCAACACCGGCCUCUGGUCCAAAUCCCCAACCAUCCCCCCCUCUCAAUCCCCCACAGCCUCCACCCUCCUCUCCCACCUCCUCCAAUCCGACAUGCACCACCACCACGUCUUUUUUAACAAGGACGGCUUCCACAACCACAUCCCCCACCACCUCCUCGCUCUCUACGGGACCUCUGCGCCGUCUGAGGCGCUGCAAAAGGCUUACGACGUUAAUGCUUCCUAUCAACGUCCUGUGUUACCUGAGCACCAGGAAGUCGUUUCCGAUCUGAUCCAGAACUGGAAAGAAGAUGCGGGGAAGUAUUUGGGGAAAGAGGAGUAUUAUCCUGAUUUUUUGGCGUUUUUUAAACGGGAGAUGGAUGCCGCCGCGGCACGCAAGGAGCAAGAGGGAAAGGAAAAAGGGUUGGGGUAUGAGGAGGUGGUGAAUGAGUUCCUGUUCUCCGGUACGCCGGAAGCGGAUAACUUGCUCAUUAGACUCUACAGCGGGUUUUUACAUCCGCUGAUCCAGCUCAUGUACGGACUGGAAUGGAGACAGCCGGCGAUCGUGGCGGAGGGGUUGGCGCAGGCGGCGGUGCAUGGGGAUGAGAUUGGUGUUUUUCUUCUUGGAGCCGAAGAGGCCGCGAAAGCCAACAAACCGGAGGAUAUGGGGAGGAUCGUGGAAGACUUGUUACAAAAGGGAGUAAGGGGAAACGAAAAGUUGGCCAAAGCGGCGAGGAUGAGUGAUGCGAAUAAAGUCAGGGAUGGAGUGUUGAAGAGAGCCAAGGAGGAGGCGAUCGGACUGGCGGCCAAGGUCAAGGUGGGAAAGGAAGAGUUGCAGGAGAGGACGGCGGAGAUGUAUGAUGCGGCGGUGUUUAUGGCGAGCGCGGCGGCGUUUGUGAAGAGGGAUCAGAAGAAGAUGCCGAGGUUUGAUUUCUUUUUGAUGCAUCACGUCACCUCAGCACCAUUCUUCCCUACCGUCAACGCACAGGAUUGGAUAUCACUCGACACCAAGGUCCGUCUACUCGAGUGGAAGAUCAGGAUGGAUUUGGUCCAGUAUGCGGCGCGUGGAGCGCCGGAGCUGUCGCUUGAUGCUAUCACUUCGUAUCAGCCCAAGGAGAAGAAGGCAUCUGGGACUCCUGAAGAAAUCAUCUCCAACCUCCACUUCUUUGAGGACGACGGCCAUAGCAUCAAGCUUGCCCGAGCUGCACGGAUUUGCCAGCUCUAUUACCAGACGAGAGACGACGAUUACUGGAACAAGUUCUACCACCUGAUCGUCGACUCGGUCCUCGCACCAGGACCAAACUGGGUGCGUAGCUGUGGGUUCGAUGAGGCGUGGGUGGAAAUUCCGAAUGUCGAGUAA